CAAAUCGAAAAGGAUUAGUAGCGUAAUAAAUCGGAUAAUUACAUCUCUACAGUCAUAAAACGCAUGAUAUAAUCAUAAAAAAUCAGAAGAAGAAGAAGAGAGAGAGAGAAUGGGAUCGUCCUCAAUGUCAACGGGGCAGAGGCUUCACAACGUCUUCGUGUACGGAAGUCUGUUGGCUGAUGAGGUUGUUACGGUUUUACUGAAGCGCGUGCCUGACUCUUCUCCCGCCAUCCUACAUGACUUCCAUAGGUUUAGCAUCAAAGGACGCAUUUAUCCUGCUAUUCUGCCAGUUGAGAAUAAGAAAGUCACUGGGAGGGUAUUAUCUGGUAUCACAGAUCCUGAAUUAGAUGUAUUGGACACUUUUGAGGAUGUUGAGUAUGAGAGGCGCACUAUUGAGGUUUCUCUAAUGGAUAGUUCUCAAAAGUUAACUGCCUAUGCUUAUGUUUGGGCAAACAUUAACGAUCCAAACUUAUAUGGAGAUUGGCAUUUUGAGGAAUGGAGGCUCGCACACAUGAAAGACUUCAUCAACAUGACGACGGGGUUUAUGGAAGAACUGGAGCUACCGGAAUCAAAACCAAGAGUCGAAACUUACGAAACUUUCUUCCAGCAGGGUGGUGACACUACCCCCAUGUCUUGAUAUUAUUAUUCUUCGUCUACUAUAUUUCUGGAAGAUGUUCACUCCUUCAUCUCUCGGAAGGAUUUCAUUCUUAUUACUCCCUAUUUCGCGUGCACUUGCAGUAUUGUUGCAUACUCUUUGAUUAUACAUUGGAUAUAACAGAUGAAAAUUAGUUCUCA